UCCGUCUCCCGGAGACAAGCAGUGUACACAGAAGUGAGGUUCCAGAAGGACCUGCACAGGGAAUUAUCCCCCAAUUAUCAGAGAUAACAGAGUUGGCCCGAGAGCUCCGCAAGGGUGGAUAUCCUUCUCGUUCCAUUCUUCCAAAUGGCCUCCGACAUCAUUCCAGCGCUGUCGCUAGAAGCAGCCUUAUGGACGGUUGUGGUUUUGGUGUGCACCUUACUGCUGGCGAUGAUAAUAGAGAGACACUGGCACAUGGGCAAACUCCAGCGGCUGGGGUACACUGGGCCACGACCCAAUCUUCUUCUGGGAACCCUGCGAGAAUUCACAAAGGUUUCCGGCGAGUUCCCCUACGGCUGGCAAAGGAUCUUCGACGCUUACGGCUCUCAAGUUGGAGACGUCAAAGGAAAAUGCCUCGCGAUGUAUAUGGGGAGGCUGCCAUGCGUCAUCGUCACAGAUCCCGACGUCAUCCAAACCAUAGCCAUCAGACAUUUCGACAAUUUCAGGAACAGGAUGUUUUGUGAGGUGGGCAAAAACCGCGGAGUGAUAGCAGCGAGGGACCAGGCCUGGAAGAACGCCAGGCAUACUUUGGCUCCGGCGUUUUCUCAAGCCAAAAUGAAACACAUGUCGCACGCAAUGAACAAGUCGCUGAGCUUGACGUUCGAUAUCAUUGAGGAACACAUCGCUGAUGACAAGCCUGUCGAUGUCCUCAGAGUGUUCAGAGGCCUCACGAUGGAAGUGAUCUGCAAGUGCGGGCUGGGGCUGGAAGUGAACGCCCAGAGGAAAAGGCAACAUCCGCUUCUGCUCUCCGCUAUCAAGAUCUUCGAGGAUUACGGCUACGAUAACAUGAAGAGACUUCUUAUCACUCUGUUCCCGAAAUUCACUACGACCGUCAUCAAUUUCUUCGACCUGGGAUUCACGCCUUCAGAAACAGCGGUGUUAGAAUGCGUCAAGAAAGUAAUUCAUGAACGCAUGAUGUCACCUCAGACUGGGAAAACCCUAGACGCCCUCCACUUCAUGAUGGAGGCGGCCCAGCUCAUUGCGACAGAGGACUCGGAAGCAGCAUCUCCGGCGACGAAUGGCCACGCAUGCACGAACGGAAACGGCAUUGCCAAAAGCGCCUGGUUCGUCCAACAACAAGAUGUUGCCAGUAACGGACUGAAGGAUGGUGGUCUCACCAAUGGUAAACACGCAGAGCAGGCGAAGACCAAAAAACCGAAACUAACCACCGACGAGGUCGCAGCCAACGCCUUCCUUCUGCUGCUGGCUGGAUACGAGACGACCUCAGCUGCCCUGGCCUUCACGAGCUACCUGCUGGCGAAGAACCCUCACGUGCAGCAGCGUCUCUACGAGGAAAUCAGCGAGCACGUUGAAAAUGAGGAUGACCUGACGUAUGACAUGGUGGGUCAGCUACAGUACCUGGACAUGGUCAUCAACGAAUCUCUGCGGUGCUACCCACCAGCUGGAAACGUGGUAACGCGGGAGGUAGACAAGGACUUCGAGUACCGAGGGCUCAAGUUUCCAGCCAAAUCCUACGUCCUGCUGCCAAUCGCUUACACGCACUACAAUCCAGACCUCUGGGACGAUCCUAUGACAUUCGACCCCGAGAGAUUUCACCCGGACAGAAAGAAGGACAUCCACCCCGCUGCUUUCAUGCCUUUUGGGUUGGGGCCACGCCAAUGCAUGGGGACCAGAUUCGCUCUGAUGGAGGCGAAGCUGGCCGUCUCCCGCUUGGUCAUGAGAUUCCGUCUGGACGUCUGCCCCCUCACGGAGAUGAACCUCAAAACGAGAGCGUCCAUUCUCAUCCUGUCGCCUGCUUCCGGGAAACUGUACCUGAGGUGUUACAAGAGGAAAGACUGAAUUCUCGAGCCUGUAUAUGGAGAAGAAGAAUACUCCCUGGCGAAAGCUUGUCCAGACGCCUAAUUUCAAAGCCGGUUUGCUUGGGUCUAUUGCUUUUAGAAUUGGGUAAGUGGUUUGCGAUCGUGGAUCUAGGAAUUCCGUGAGACUUUCACAGAAGACUUUAAUUAGUAAGAAUUAGUUUUAACGUUCAGUUCCCCGACUUGGUCGAAGGUUCCAGCGGCUACGAAAUGUAAGUGGCAAAGCUGUGACUGGUUUAUUUAAUGUAUGUCUUAUUCUAUGAAUUCAGUGUUAUUAUUUACCAUGGCUAUGCAUUAUCUUAUUCACAAGAAUGAAUGUUAUGUUAUAGGUUACUCUAAAAAUGAAAAUGCUAACACUAAUAAUGUAAAAUAAAAA